CCCUAUCUUCAACCGUCAUCUCCUAUUAUAAAGUAUCGCCGUGGUCCACCAAAAUCCUUGUCCUUCGAACGGAAUCGAGCGAAUCACGAGCGAAUCCCCCUUCCCCCUCCGCGAGAAAGAUGGAUCGGUACACGAGGGUGGAGAAGCCGCGAGAUGAGACGCCGAUCAACGAGAACGAGAUAAGGAUCACCGCUCAAGGAAGAGUAAGGAAUUACAUCAGUUAUGCGACGACUUUGCUUGAGGAAAAGGAGUAUAAUGAAAUCAUCAUGAAAGCCAUGGGAAGAGCCAUCAAUAAAACAAUUAUGAUCGUGGAGUUGAUCAAGAGAAGGAUUGAGGGUCUGCAUCAGAACACAUCUAUUGAAUCUGCUGAUAUCACUGACACGUGGGAGCCAUUGGAAGAAGGCCUUCUCCCUCUUGAGACAAUCCGCCAUGUGUCAAUGAUAACUAUAACAUUGUCCAAGAAGGAACUUGAUACAUCCUCUCCAGGGUACCAGCCACCCAUACCAGCCGAUCAGGUGAAACCAUUGACCAACUUUGAUUACGGAGGAGAACCUGUACCUAGCAGUCGUGGAAGAGGACGAGGCCGUGGAAGGGGCAGGGGUAGAGGGGUAAUGAUGAAUGGGGCUGCUGGUUAUGAUGUGGAUGGAAACUGGGAGGGUGGACGUGGUGGCUAUGGUGGAGGGAGAGGGAGUGGAUAUGGAUAUGGUGGUGGGAGAGGGAGAGGAGGGCGUGGGAGAGGGCGCGGUCCCUAUGGAGGAGGAAGAGGAGGCGAAGGGAAUUACUAUGAUGGCAGUGGAGACAUGGAGGUGCAAGAACAAGAAGAACAGGGUGGUGGAUAUGAUGGUGCUGAGACAGACAUACCCCCUCCACAAGGACGCGGGCGUGGCAGGGGAGGAAGAGGCCGAGGGCGUGGGGGUGGCUGGCGUGGUCGCGGCCGAGCAUAGAUCGCCAGGACCGAUACCAUAUGCAAUCGCAUUGCCUCUCAUCUGCAUCUCAAGAUGGAUAUUUAUCUUUGUGCUGUGCUCGUCCUAGUAUGUCAACCUGUUGGAGUUCUUGGUGUUAUUUUUCCCUUCAGAUGGAUUGUAAUUUUAAUUAUGAUCAUUUGGUGCGAUCCUCUUGUGGAUGAGGAUGGUUGUGGUUUUUAGUGGGGGUCCUAGGUGUAUUUUUUUUCAAUUAUCUGCUCUUAUGUCAACAGUAGUGAAUUGUACAAUCUGUGUAUGCUUUGCAGGGAAUAGAGUAGGUCAGUGCAUUCUUUUAUUCUUGGAAUAGACGGUUGGUAUGAUUUAUUAUUUUUCUUCUAGUAUAUUUAUUAAAAUAAAAUUACCUCAUUUCAA